AUCAGCAAACAGCAUAGGGUUUAAAAGAGGCUCUGCAGAAAAAAAUAAUGUUGUCUUCAAUGUCCAAGCCUUCCCUAAAAAGUGCUAUAGAAAGCAUGCUAACUUGGACGAGUUUCAAAAUCAACAAGCCAGCUCCUGAAGAUAACGGAUCACUGAAAAACAGGGACAUUUUCAACAUUGUUAUGACUCCAGAUCGCAUCCCAAAAUUUUUCAUCCCCUCUCUGGAUGUGGAGCACAUUCCCCUUCAGUUGGAGUCAGAGGAAGACAAAGAAGAGCAUUCUCUAGAGAGAAGAAUAUUUGAUGAACUAGCCAAAAAACCAAGACCAACCAGAAGCAAAUCUGAAGCUUGCAUCAGAAAAGAAACCAUUUGCAGAAGAGGGAAACUGUUCAGAAGAGAGACUCUGUGUUCUACAGAUGAGGUGGCUUCCUCCAGGGACUUGGAGAAAGCUGCAGACCACUCUGAUCCUGCAACCAGGGCUGCUCUGUCUUUGCCCCAUCUCUCCAAAAUCACCACCCCAUAUGGGUUUCUCACAUUAGGCGAGAGUCCCAACAUCAGAAGGAAAGAAUCUCUCUUUUUUGAGCAUGAUUCUACAGAGCUUAGAACUCUCUUGUCCCAAAGGAAGAAAGCCACCUGUCUUCCCAGGAGUCCAUCUAGUGCCCUGAGUAACCUUCAACAGUCCAUGCAGUGUGUAAAGUUUCCAGCCACUCCUUUUAAGAGCAGCAGAGCUGUAUCUUGGGAAGCAGUCUGCAGCAACCAGCUGCCUCCUCUGCAUUGUAUAUCCGGGUCUGAAGGGUGCCCCGUGAAAUGCGAGAAGAAAAAGUUUCAGAAGUUGAUGAAGAGUCAUCUGUCCAGUAUCAAACAUAUGAAAUCUCAUCGUGGGGCACUGGACAAACUGGUUAUGCCUGCAGAUAGGACAUGAAGCAAACCCAUUUCCUAACUCCCAUCCAAAAUCUGAAAGAGAAUGUCUUCCAGGUUGGUGCACAAACUUUCAACUCAUUCAGCCUUUCAGAACUCUGGACAGGGGCCAGUGAGACAGCCAGAGAGAACUGGCUAUACCUGACAGGGUCAACGCUCCUGGUGUUUACAAAAAUCAUGCUCUGCAACUUUGAAUCUUUCAUAAUUGUUUUGGCUUUAUGCAAUCAACAUUUUCUUCAAGACUUUUACUUGCCCAGAAGUUAGAAGUUACAGCAGACAACUGUGACUACUGUGUCUAGGACAUGUGUUUCUGAUUCUAUUUGUUAACCUUAAUUGUUUUGUUAGGCAUUGAUAUUCUAGUGCAUUAAAUACGCCGAUGUAAAGCCAUUGCCAACAUCUAGAGGUGUCAUGAUAUCCAAGCUCUGAUGUGAAAUGUCUGUUUGUGUUGAAUGACCAAUGUUUUCAGGAAGCAAAGUUUACAUCAAAUUCAAUAGCAACCAAAGACUGUAUAAAGUGUACACUGAAAACUUUUAAUCUGAGGUCAUUUUUAAUUUGCAUACAAAACAGUGAUAGCAAGGGAAUUAAUUAUGGUGAAAUCACUGGGUUUAAUUUAUCAAGGAUAAAGAGGCCUGUAAUUGGGAUGAAACCAGCAAAUAGUCAUUUGAAUGUAUGAAAAAUUUAUGCUAAAUUUUGGAAUUGUUACAAAUAUUUUACUCUACUUAAAUCCUUUUGCACUUUGUUUAGUGUGCUGCAUAAAAGUUGUCUACUAGUAGCAACUGCAGUACUAUAGAGUUACAAAAGCGAUCUAAGCUCCAUUGUGCUAGGCGCUGUAUAUACACAUAGUAAGUGUUGACUAAUGCAUGUUGGCUAUAAUAAUAUGUAUUAUGUGAACAUCUAUAUAUAUUAGUAUGCAUUAAGCACCAAUAACGGUAAGCACAAAUAUUGUAAUAGUGAUAUAGUUUAAUCUGGCCUAUACUGUAAUCCUGUUAAUUUAUGCUAAGGAUUCCAUAACACCUGGCAUUUGCUGAAGUAAGCAUUUGGCAUAAACAGAUAGUAAACUUGUCAAAAUGAAGAUACAUUUGUUCUAUGUCUUAGUACAAGCUAGGGAAGUACCUUCAUGGACCAGUAUGUGGAAUGUAUGUGUUCAAAACAAAGAUAAGGGGUAUGCCAUGGUAUCAGAAAAACAAGGUAAAACACUGAUUGGGUAAAUCUAGUUUUAGAUGAUGCAUAUGGUACCUUUUACCAGUAAACAAAUAGGGUACAAAAAGAUGGCUCUAGGGGUGUAACUUUGGGAGCACACCUUCUGCGUAAGGUGAAUAUAAUAUCACUGCAUGAGACGGCUUCUCCGAGACUAGUAUCAUAUAGAACC